CAUGUAACUUUGUUGAAAUUGUUACAGGUGCCAGAGUGGUACAGUUCGAACAAACUGCUUGGAUUGUCUUGAUAGAACAAACAGUGUGCAGGCAUUUCUUGGCUUAGAGAUGCUAACUAAACAGCUGGAUGCUCUGGGCUUGGCUGAAAAGCCUCAGCUGGUCACUCGCUUCCAAGAGGUUUUCCGGUCCAUGUGGUCUGUGAAUGGUGAUUCCAUCAGUAAGAUCUAUGCAGGCACCGGAGCCCUUGAAGGGAAGGCCAAGGCUGGAAAGUUAAAAGAUGGUGCGCGCUCUGUCACCAGAACCAUUCAGAAUAACUUCUUCGACAGCUCCAAGCAAGAAGCUAUUGAUGUCUUGCUGCUCGGAAAUACUCUGAACAGUGACUUAGCUGACAAAGCCCGAGCCCUUCUAACCACUGGAAGUUUGCGUGGUAUGCCACUUAAUACUUUACUUACUUCGUUUAUACUCCUAAAAUGUCCAAAAAGUAAAUCUAAACUAACUGACAUGAGAAGUUUUUAGGCUGUCAUUGAUUUACUUGAAAUCAUUUUGGAAGGAAUCUCUGUACAAGUGUUUUUUUGAAAUAGCAUUCUCUAGUUAAGAUUUUCUCUUGUCACUUGUU